CUGCUUUAUCUGAUUAAGUGAGCUUUGCUUUCCCAAAAUGAAAAAUGUCUACCAAGCUCAUCUUAUUAAUUUCCGAUGCAAACCCACCAUGUAGUUAAGCUUCAGUCCUGUUAAGUACAUAUACAUGUAUAUUAAUUCUUUUUGCUACUGCCGCUAAUAAUCUGUGCUUCCUCAGAUGCUUGUCUGCUAAGCAUUGUUUUCUCUUCUCUUCACUGACCAACCAGGAACUGCCCAGGCGGAAUCAAUGAAGCUACUGUCCUUCAUUUCUCGGUUUGCUCUUCUAUUAUUCAUACUGUCCACUGUUCCCCAAAUUAUUGCUGACCUGAACUCUGACACUCAAUCACUUCUUGAUUUUGCGGCCGCUGUCCCCCAUGUCCGAAAACUCAAUUGGAACAGUUCCAUCUCAGUUUGCUCCUCUUGGGUUGGAAUUACGUGUAAUUCAAAUGGAACCCGCGUGAUCGCCGUCCAUCUUCCUGGCGUUGGACUCUAUGGUCCAAUCCCAGCCAACACCAUAGGCAAGCUUGAUGCUCUUAGGAUCCUCAGCCUGCGAUCCAACUAUCUUAAUGAAAAUCUUCCUUCUGAUGUUACUUCCAUUCCUUCUCUUCAGUACUUAUACCUCCAACAUAAUAAUUUCUCUGGUGCCUUCCCUGCCUCGCUCUCUCCCCAGCUAACUGUCCUGGAUCUUUCUUUUAACUCCUUCACUAGUAGCAUUCCACCCAUUCUUCAGAAUCUGAGACAACUCUCUGCAUUGUACCUCCAGAACAAUUCAUUCUCUGGAGCCAUACCCAAUAUCAGCCUCCCAAAACUGAAGAUUUUGAAUUUGAGCUUUAACCACCUUGAUGGCUCGAUUCCACACUCUCUGCAGAAGUUCCCUUAUCAUUCAUUUGAUGGAAAUUCUCUAUUGUGUGGACCGCCUCUCAAGAAUUGCCCCACCAUCAUUCCUUCUCCUUCCCCAACUUACCUUGCUAGCUCACCAACAAAAUCUAAUAUUCAUGUUGCCACCUCAAAGAAGAAAUUAGGAUUAUAUUCUAUAAUUGCUAUAGCUGUCGGGGGAUCUGCAAUCCUACUUCUCAUAGCUCUAGCCAUCUUUAUAUGCUGUUUGAAAAGAAAAGACAACAGAACUGGUGUUUUGAAAGGGAAAGCUGAGAGCGAAAAACCCAAGGAUUUUGGAAGUGGUGUACAAGAGCCUGAAAAAAACAAAUUGUUCUUCUUUGAAGGUUGUUCUUAUAACUUUGAUCUUGAGGAUUUGUUGAGAGCUUCGGCUGAAGUUCUUGGUAAAGGGAGCUAUGGAACAGCAUAUAAGGCAGUUUUGGAGGAUGGGACAACAGUAGUGGUGAAAAGGUUGAAGGAAGUUGCAGUUGGAAAGAAGGAAUUUGAGCAGCAGAUGGAGGUUGUAGGGAGGACUGGACAACACCCAAAUGUUGCACCACUCCGUGCUUAUUACUAUUCCAAGGAUGAAAAGCUUUUAGUUUACAACUAUAUGACUACUGGAAGCUUCUCUGCAGUUUUGCAUGGUAGCACCGGAACAGGAAGAAGUCCACUGGAUUGGGAAGCAAGAGUGAAGAUUUGCCUUGGAGCUGCAAGGGGCAUUGCCCAUAUUCAUUCUGAAAGUGGUGUCAAAUUUGUUCAUGGCAACAUCAAAGCUUCCAAUGUGCUUCUAACCCCUGACCUCGAUGGUCUCAUCUCUGAUGUUGGCUUGACUCCUCUUAUGAACUUCCCUGCAACUAUUUCUCGAACCAUUGGCUAUGUAGCUCCUGAGGUUAUGGAAACACGAAAAGUGAACCAGAAAUCUGAUGUUUAUAGUUUUGGUGUUGUACUUCUUGAAAUGCUGACAGGGAAAGCCCCGCUUCAAGCUCGAGGGCGCAAUGAUGUGGUUGAUCUGCCAAGAUGGGUGCGGUCAGUGGUGAGGGAGGAAUGGACUGCAGAGGUGUUUGAUGUAGAGCUAAUGAAGUACCAAAACAUUGAAGAGGAGAUGGUGCAGAUGCUUCAGAUUGCAUUGGCAUGUGUGGCAAAGCUGCCAGACAUGCGUCCAACAAUGGAUGAAGUAGUUAGAAUGAUGGAGGGAAUUCAAGAACCUGAGUCAAGGAACCAGCUGUCCUCCGAGACCGAGUCUAAUACUCAAACCCCAUGAGUGUUUAAAACAAGUUCCUCAGAGGUGUCAAACAUAUCAGAUACUGUCUGAUAUGGAGCAUUCAUAGGCAGUAGCUUCAGAUGUUAGAAAAUAAGCUUUCUUUUCCUGCUUGUUUGUUAGUUUCCAUUUUGUGUUAUCAGCUUUAUCUUAAUCUACAGUUAUAUGCUUAAUUAAUGGCGCUAAA